AUGGAUCUUGAUGCUUUGACCUUUCCACUUGACGAAGGAGGUUUUGAUGGCCAUGAUUCGUCUUUUCAGCCGGCGCACCCGGACUUCUUUAACACCUCGAUAGACGAGCUGUGGUCUGCGUCUCUUGCCUCUGCCUCUGAAGAAAACAUCAAUGAUGUCUUAGACCAACACCUACACAAUGAUACUGUAUCCAAUGGCGACCCAGGCCAAGCUAGUUCUGGUCCAUCGAAAACAGGACAUCUUCAUAGUCGCUCUGUCGACUCCGCAAACUCCGGAAGCAGCGCUGCUGUCGCCAACGCAAUUGCAUCCCCAAGGAACCCUUCCCUCCCACCCAAGAUUGGCCAUCGCUUCACACGAGAGUCAGCCCGUGUCCUGAAACGAUGGUUCUCUGAGCACAGCGAACACCCUUACCCAAGUGAGGAGGAAAAGACUAUGCUACAGUGCCAGACCGGCUUGAGUCGGACCCAAGUGACCAACUGGUUGGCCAACGCCCGGAGGCGUCGAGCCGUGGAUGGAAGUACUCGUGCAUCCUCGAGGGGUCGGUCUGGGUCGGCUCAAACAUCGAGGAGAGCUGGAACUCCAAUUCCUCGAAGCAAUAAUUCCUAUCGGAAUAUGGAUCCUCUACAGCGAUGGGUUGAUUCACCCCCUGAGAAUGAACCAGCUGCCGCCUCUGCUAUUGCCCGGGCGAUGGCUUCCAGAGACGCAUUGCCAUCUUGUGAGUACUGCGUGUUCUGCGGUGAAGUUGAUCCUAGCGAAACUCACCUGGCCACUCACAAUCCCGCCGCCUGUCAGGAACGGUCGUUCAGUAGAAAAGAUCAUCUAAAACAGCACCUAAGGUUAGUCCACAACGCUGGACUGAUCGACCUCUCCCUGAAGCUGUGGAAGGCCCAGAAGCCGGAGAUUAAAUCCCGAUGCGGGUUCUGCAAGGCAGAGCUGGAGACUUGGCUAGACCGAGUUGAUCAUCUUUCCAACCAUUUCAAACUGGGUUGCACCAUGGCAGACUGGUCUGGGAACUGGGGCUUCGAUGAGCUGAUCCUAGAAACACUGGAAAACGCCAUGCCACCCUACUUGAUCGAUUUUGAAAGGGGGACACCGUUUCCUUUUGAAGCCAGUGGCAAACCACCAGACUCUCCCCGGAGUGCAUACGAGCUACUCACUAUUGAGCUGGCGUACUUUAUACAGAGCCAUUAUGACUCGACAGGAGACAUGCCCAAUAACAAAAGGAUGCAACUAGAGGCAUGUCGCAUUAUCUUUGCAUCUGAGGUCAUGUUUCCUGAGGAGAAUCCUGAUUCAAGUGGUGGAUUUUCAUGGUUGAGAGAUCUCAUUCUGUCCUCGCCUGAUAUCACUCAACAAGCCCGUUUCGGACCUAUACGCUCACGAGCCGAGAGUAGGUUGUCCGUCAUGAAGAUCAAGGGUAAAAAUGCACUGUUCGAGACAUGUCCGCUCGAAUCCCACUUGCAUGCAUUUGUCCAUGCAAAACGCGCCGCUGGAGUCCUGGUUGUACAAGAUCAUGAACUACAGAAAGAAGCUUGCAGGAUCAUCACACUCAUGGAGGAUGACAUGGGAUCAACUCCAGACUUUGUGGCAAACUGGCUGGUUACGCUGAUCAGCAAGUCAACUGACUGGCUUCAUGACUUUCGUCGAAGGGCAAACCUGCUUUUGAGAGAUGACUUGUGGAGCAGCGUUCCCCAGAGCGGAUCAAGUUCUUUACCCUCCUGGAUGACGAAUGAUCGUCAGGUACUUGAUCUUCUUUCGAAUGACCUGGGGUCGAGAAACUGGACAAAUACCGGCUUAUUGGGCUUGAAUAAUGCGGACACUGGCAUGGACCAUGGCGGACUUCUAACCGGCCAUACCAGCUCAACAGACCUUGUUGGGCCCUGGCUAGGUCAUUCAACUGCACCGCAAACAUCGCUAAGAAGUGCCAAAUCACCUCUUCCAGCAGCUCCAACUAGUGAGUGGCCCGUUUCUACCGGGUCUGGGGAAAGCCCAGGUACACCAGGUACAGGCCCGAGUGAGGGCGACUCUAGUCUCCGACCUGCCUGGUUAAAGACGGGAAUCUUUAUCCUGAACGACUCGAAUCACCACCGAUGGCUGAAGCGCGAGCUCGCGAGAUGGGUGACGGCAACAAUGUCACCCAACAACCCCAACUGUCACGUUCCGUCUGACGAGGAACUGAGGCAUCAAUCUCGUUGCUUGUUGUUUAAUGAUGACGAUCCUUGGAAUCAAACUGCGGCGGAUAGUCCGCAGUGGCUGGAUGAUUUUAAACGCGAUUGUGGUAUUCUCUAG